ACCGCUGACUUUAAGAACAACAAGCGCACUAUUAAGAAUAGUGGCACAAUUGCAGUCGUGUAAAAUUAAAGUGCUAGCGAAAAAGUUAUUUAAAAAUUAGAAGAGAGGGGUGAUUUAACCCAAAAUAUAGGUAUUUUUCUGUGAUGUCACGAUUGCCAGCUCUAGGUUCCUUAACAUCCAUUGCGAAAGAAUAUGGGGAAAAGAAUGUUUCUGAUGAAGAACAGUUGGAAAAGAAGGCUUCAAAACGAAGUUUUUCUUUUGAGGACGAAGAAGAAGAAGAAGUAAUUGAAAAGAAGUCCAAAGAUGAUUCUGUCAAUGAUAUCGUUAUGAGUGAUGAAGAAGAAAAGUCAUCAGGCGUUGUUCCGAAUAGUGAUGUUGUUAAAAAAGAGCCAAGACAAGCUUCUCGUUUGGUCUCAUACCCUGGAUAUGAGGAUGAAGAUGAGGAAGGUCGCAAAACAAGUGUCAGUGAAAUAGCACCAAUGGACAAAAGGCCUGAAGAUAAAGUUAAUGCAUCUGAUGAAAAAUUGAUGACAAAAUUGGAUGAGCAGUUGCUUAGUGGAUCAAGUCAACCUACAACCAAGACCCAAGAUAUCCAGCAUACAGAGGAAGCCAUCGCUGAUGCAGACUCCAUAAAAUCAAAACAAGAUGAUACAAAUGAAUCUCCUCAAAGCAACCUGCCUGAAAGGGAUAAAUUGCGAGCAAGCAUGUCUAAAGAUUUGUUGGACCAUCUUGAUGCUGUUCAGUCCAUUAAAGUUUCAUUACCACCAUUAUUUGAAGGACGUUGUUCCAACACAUUACAGGAAAAGAUUGAAAAUCUACUGGAUACUAAACAUAGGACUGGAGUUGAUCUAAAACAUUCCAUUCAACGUAAAAAGAAUUUUCGAAAUCCAAGUAUUUACGAAAAGCUUGUGUCAUUUUGUUCAAUCAAUGAAACUGGUACAAAUUAUCCAAAGCAUAUCUACGAUCCGUUUUCAUGGACCGAAGACUCUUUUUAUGAACGUCUUUCCAAGAUACAAAAAGAACAACACGAAAAGAAACAAAAAGAGCGAUCUAAGGUUGAAUUUGUUCAUGCAACAAAGAAAUCUGCGUCAUCGACGACAGGAGAAGAUACAAGUAAAAAGCGUAAAACAAAAUGGGACGUUACGAGUUCUGGAACUGCAGCACUGACCAUACCACCUAGUGCUGUGCAAACAAUUGCCUCUGUCCAGGCAGUUGUUGCUGCAAACAACAAACUUCUAGCCGUACAGGUAAAAAAAACGUGAACAGUAUUUGAAAAAUAGAUAGGUUUGCCAUUGAACAAGUUGAUCAUCUCUUGUUUGCUGAAGUACACUAUGAUGUUUGAAAGAACGCUUUGAGUCCUUUGUAAGAUAUUUGCUUUGGUACAAUAUAGAAAGGAAAGCGGCACUUGGCUUUCCAUAUUUGUAUUUAAAAUAUACAAAACCAGGAAUAUUCAUAGCCUGGAAAACAACCAAAAAAUGUUUAGUGUGUGCUUAGUUCUCUUGUCCAUUUGUAUUUAAUAUGAAUGUGUUUAAAAUUAAUUUUAUGGAUGGUGAAAAUGAAGAAAGUUCGGGAUUGUA